AUGCCAGACGAGCCGCCCGUGCUCACAGCCGUCUCCAGCUCCGCCCGCCAGCUGUUCACACUGCUGCGCUGCAUCGCGUUUGCGUCCAAGGCACACGUACAGCUGAGCCAUGAGGGGCUGAAGUUCUCGGUCGACGAGGCGAGCGUCAUGGAGGCCUCUGCCUUCCUCGACAAGUCGCUCUUCACCACAUACAGCUUCCAUGCGCCGCCCGUUCCACCCCCGUCCGCAGACUCCGACGACGAAGAAGCGACCCCCCCCCUGACCUUCCACAUCUCCCUUGCCGCGCUACUCGAAACCCUCCAGAUCUUCGGCCUCACCGACCCCGAUGCCUCCAGGCCGCCAUGGGCGCGCGACAACCCCUACCCAACGAGCACCGCCUUCUCGAACAACGUCCUUGGCAUGAACAACCUGUGUCGAAUCACGUACGAUGCGCCUGGUGCUCCGCUCUCGGUCAUCCUCACCGAGGCCAGCAUACGCACAUCAUGCGACCUCACGACCUACCAGCCCGAGUACACCGAUGAGAUACCUUUCGACCGCCAGAGCCUGGCCUUCAAGACCAUCAUGCGCGGUAGCUGGCUGCACGACGCUAUCCUGGAGCUCUCGUCCACCUCUCCAGAGAAGCUGACCAUGUACGCCAGGAUGGUACGCGGGAAGCCACUCUUCGCCUUGUCUUCGACCGGUACUCUUGGCUCAGCGAGAGUCGAGUUCAACAACCAGCCGCCCAAAUCCACGCUCCGCCCAACUGCAGCCAAGCCCGAUGAGGCCAACACACCGCCAGUGAACCUCCUCGAGACCUUCCAGCUCUCAGAUCCAGAUACCGUUCUCCGGGCGAGCUACAAGUAUAGCUUAAUCCAGAAAGCUGCCCGCGCAAUGAGCGUAGCUACCAAAGUCAGUGUGAGAGUCGAUAUGCAGGGUGUGCUGAGUAUGCAGUUCAUGAUCGAGGUCGAGGCUGCGGCUGGCGGUGGCUCGAGCCAAGUGAGCUUCGUCGACUUCCGGUUCGUGCCGCUUGUGGACGAUGAGGAUGAGGGUGGCGACGAAGGGGAAACGUUGAUGCAGAACGGAGAGGGUGAUGACAGUCACGAUGCAUUUUGA